AUGGGUGGUAAAAGAAAGACAAGAAGUCCUGCACAAGUUCGAGGUCGUAGCCAGUUUUCUCCCUUGAGCAGAGUUGUAUCAGAUGAUGAAGAGAUCCGUGAGAUUUUGAGUUCCAGAGAAGAUAGUCCAGUUAAGUAUUCCAGAUCUGAAAAUGAAAGAAAUCAUUUUGAAACGGAAACACAAAUGGAGGUUGGAGGAAACCACUGGCUGAAUGCAAUUGUGCCCCGCCUUCAGAAUUCAAGUCUGGACACCCCUCACAAAAUGACAGAAAAAUUCCUGGAGUUUAUUUCAGAUCUUCAAGAACUGGAAACAGUUCCUUCUCCUCGUAUAAUGACGUCACAUCUUCCAGUUAAGUAUACUUCAAAAGAUAUAAAUGGAAAAAUAUUCUACUCCAUUCGAAACCCCAAAGACGUCGCAGUGUCAGCUUUUCAUCAUUACACAACAGAUCCAGUGGUCAAAGACUAUGUACACCCUGAUUGGAACAGCUUCUUGGAAGAUGUAUUACGUGGAGAAUGCUACUAUGGAAGUUGGUUUGAACGAGAGAAAGAAUGGGAACAAGCAGCACAACAAAAUCCCGAAAAGAUAUUGAUAGUCUAUUAUGAAGAUCUAAAGAAGACUGGUAUGGAGACGAUGCAUCGAAUAUCCAGUUUUCUCAGAAUACAUGAUCCUGCAUUUCUUCAAGCUGUUUAUGAUGAAUUUUCAAAAAAGGAGAAAUUAUGUAAGUAA